AUUGCAAUUAUGAACAUGACAUGGAUAUCAACACGUGGGAAAUGAAUCAUGGCCAUAGCUUAGCCUGGGCCUAAUUUAUAAAUAAUCAUUCGGGCCAGGUCGUGUAUUCAACAGGAUUUCGUCAUAACUCAUUGAUAAACAUUUCCCAAAUAACAUAGACCAUUCAAAUUAGAGUUUAAAUGAGAUCUUCAAAAACUUACUUCGAGUUAUGACUGAGCAAAGUUGCGAAACACUCUGCACUUGCCGUACAGCCGCCAUGCCACAUCUCUAGUUCAGGUGCUUUUAAUAUAUAAGGGGGACCCCCUCUAUCACUUACCUUGCUCGCGGGCCGCUCCGGCGAAGCAUGCACGUACGCGCAUGCAACAUGUUGGGCAGUGUUAGUUACCGCAGUGCCACUGGACUAGUUCAGUUGGUGAUAUCCAUAGACAUGGUCGAGGUCAUAUCAAUCAGUUAAUUAGCAAUGUAUUCAUAUACUGUUCGAGACAACAAAAGUAGUGUAUAUCAGGCAUUAGUUGAAACCAUUUCAAGACGAUCUAAUUGGACUCAAAAGACAGGCGACACCGUCAAGGCAAAUCUGAUCAUUGGAGAGAGGAACACAUUGAAGUUUCCAUUUGGAAGAUUAGGCCAUGAUGGAAUUCUGCAACUAGUAAACUGUUACAGAGGAUCAGGAAAAAUAAGCAGGAAGGCUGCUCUUGUAACUGCUUUGACGAGUUGGCAGGAAUCUACAGGAGAAGAUAUAUCACUAUGGUCACCAGAAACCUACAUCAUCAGGCCACAGCAAAGGGAUGCAGACACUUUAAAGAAACCAUUUCAGAUAUCAAAGCCUGAUCAAAGAGAAGAACUGAAAAGAUCUCAUGAAAGAAAGCAAGAAACAGGCAGGGGAGAUGUUUGGAUUGCAAAAUCUACAGCUGGACUCAAAGGAGAGGGUAUUUUAAUAUCCAAUAAAUCGGAUGAACUUCUCUCAUUUGUGGACUCCCGUCCUCAUUCUCAUGUUGUUCAGAAGUACAUUGAGAAUCCUCUUCUGUUACCAGGCAACAGAAAGUUUGACAUCAGAUGUUGGGUGUUAGUAGAUCAUCAAUAUGACAUAUAUCUGAUGAGAGAAGGUGUGUUGAGAACAUGUGCUGAACCAUAUGAAGCAGACGACCUGUCUAAUCAUGUAUCUCAUCUCACCAAUCAUUGUAUUCAGGAAGCCCACUCCAAGGACUUUGGAAAGUUUGAAGAAGGAAAUGAGAUGUUCUUUGAUGCAUUUGAUAGAAUUCUACAAGAACAUUGGAAUGUGAGCUUAGAAGACAAGAUUCUACCUCAAAUCAGACAUAUUGUGAAAACAUGCUGUCUAUCAGUAAAAGAGGAGUUAUCUACCAUUGGUCUAUCAUACCAUAGUUUUCAGUUGUAUGGAUUUGAUUUUAUGCUGGAUAGUGACCUAAGAGUAUGGCUUCUAGAGGUUAACAGUGCCCCUGCUUGUGCCCAGAGGCUGUUACCAAAGUUAAUUGCUGGUAUGAUAACUACUGCUAUCGAUCCCCUGUUUCCUCAACAUGUUGAGCCAGAGAUUAAGGAUGCAUCUAAUGAGGUAUUUGAGAAACUCUGACAGUAAAUCACCAAGGCAAGACAGCUGAUCUACAUCAUAUAUCCAACAAUUCAGUUCAAGAAUAACUGGACUCUUUGACAUAGGUAUUAAUGCCAAGCUAAGGUUUAAAAUUCCAAGUCUUUCAAAUUGUAUCACUGUAUAGUGACAGAGAGACAAAAAUAUGUAGAGAGGGAGAGAGAAAGAGUGUGUGUGCGAGGGGGGGGGGGAUCUAUGCAAAAGCAACAAUUUUUUUUACACAUAUAUUUGUAUUCACCUUGAAGAAGUGAGAAGAAAUAUUGAUUUUUUCAGUCUUUGCUAGAGGAAAGAGCUUUCCUGUCCAAUUUCAAGCAGGAAUGUAUUUAUAUUUUUGUCAAUCUUGUACAAAAUAUGUUUACAUAUGUACAUGUCUAUAUUGAGUGAUUAUUUAUAUUAUGUUAAAAAAAAAGGUUUUCUCCGCCUCAUUUUGGUGUUUGUGUGUCUUACUUUACAAUCACAUGGGUAAUAGACUGGUACUUGAAAGCCUACAUGUAAAUGGGUGUUUCUACAUGGGGAACUUAUGACAAAUGUAUUUCACGGACAACCUUAUAGGCAGAAGGUGACUUUGUCCAGUAUCAAAAAAUCAACAUCACCUUAUAAGCGGUCAUAUUGAAAGCCUUAAAGGCAGGUGACUUUGCAUAGGGUUAAAAAAACCAACAUCACCUUACCAGUGUCAUAUAUAUCAAGGUAUUUACAAUAUAAAAUUGAUAGAAUCAUUCGGGUGUCAAUAGCGCACCACCAUUACCAAUAAGAAUUCUUCUGGUAGACCUUGCUCUCGUGCUCAUACACAUGCUCAUAAUAAUAGGGGCUGUUAGACAUGGUGAACUUAAAGCAAACCUGUCCCUUUUAGAGAAUAAAUGACUUCCAUUUCACCCAAAACUAUCAGGUAUUGGUGAUUAUACACUAGAUAAAAAUGCAGUAUACCUCUUCUUUUAAUUUAUAUACUUUUUACAAUGUAUAUUACAAUCAUUUCUGCAAUAGUAUCAUGAAAAUUACAUAUAAUAGAUUCCUUGUUUUGAAGUUCAUUAUUUCUUAAAUAUUAAAUUAAUGAAAUAUAUUAUCACUCAAAUAGCUGAGAAUUAUAACAUAUAUUUUAGUGCAAGUAUAUUUCAAUCAAGAUAUUUUGAUAUGAAUGUAUUCCGUCCAUUGCAAUGUGCAAGUGUAUUUACCUUGAUUGUUCAUUACUUUUAUUGUCCAUUAAUAUUUUUCUUUCCUAUAGCUGACUGUAAAAGUGUAAUAAAUAAAUACGACUCAAAUAAUUAAAGUGUGAUAUGGCAUUCAUUAUUGGCAGGGGCAGUGUCAUUUUGGAGGGGGGGGGGUGAUUGCCCCCAUAGUUUUUCACACACAAAAAAGGAGUAAAGGUUAAGCGAAAGUCCAUCAUAGAAUUAAAACUAGCACAUCCGGCAUCUCGCAACGAAAUUUAACACAAUUUUAAUUUCAGCCCAGUUGACACUGUAUUAUAUUGGUGACAUAAAUUGAUAUAGAAUUGAAAUUGAUGAAGAAAUGACAUAGAAGCAUUUUUGUGAUCUAUGAAUAAAUUUCAUAUAAAUAAUUUUCUAGUCAAAAUUUCUUAACUCUGUGUAGAACCUUGGUGAACCUCAUGUAGCUCUCAGAUGGAACAAAAAUAAUCAAAAUCAAUCAACAAAUAAAAAAAGUAUUUUUUGUGAGUUUUGAAAAUAUAUGAAUAAAUUAGCAUAUUGAAUGAGUUUCAAAAUUCUGUGUUGAAAUUUUGUAUCACCACCUCGAGCUAUCAUAUAAAGCAAACAAAAUUGAAAUUGAUCAACAAAUGAAGAAGAAAUUUAUUUUUUGUGAAUAAAUGAAUAAAUUUUGCAUGAAUUAGCAUAAAUGAUUUUUAGACAAAAUUUCUAAAUUUUGUGUACAGGUUUGGUGAACUUCAUGCAGCUCUACCAGAUGGAAGAAAAAAAUCAAAAUCGGUCUACAAAUAAAGAAGAAGAGGCAUUUUCUGUGAUUUAUGAAUAAAUUUUGCAUAUUUAGCAUAAAUAAUUUUUUACUGAAUAUUUCAAAAUUCUGUGUACAAGUUUGGUGAACCUAAAGAAGUUCUACCAGAUGAAAGAAAAAAAAUCAAAAUCGGUCAACAGUUAAAGAAGCAUUUUAUGUGAAUUUUGAAAAUAACGCAUAAAUUAGCAUAUUUAAUGAGUUUCAAAAUUUUGUGUAGAAGUUUUGAAUCCCCCACCUAAUGCUAUCAUAUAAAGCAAACAGAAUUGAAAUCAGACUUGAAAUGACGAAGUUGAAGCAUUUUGAAAUUCAGUCAACAAAUAAAGAAGAGGCAUUUUUUGUGAUUUAUGAAUUUCGCAUAAAUUAGCAUAAAUAAUUUUCUACUCCAAAUUUAAAAAUUCUGUGUAGAAGUUUGGUGAACCUCAUGAAGCUCUACCAGAUGG